UGCGCUGCCCGGGCAGCUCCGGCGCGGUCCCGGGCCGGGCCGAGAGGGAGGUCCGGGAGCGGAAGGUGACCCGGAGCCAGCGCACGAAACGCCCCGGGGGUACGGAACGCGGCCAGGAAGGCGGUGUCGCUUUGCAGAGAGCCUCCGGGGAUCGGCGUCUGGCGGGACUCGCCUGGGCUCGGCUUGCGGACUCGUCACGGACAACGUGAAGGCAGCGCGCCCUUUUCGCUCCCCCGGUCAGCAAACUGCGCCGGCACCAUCGGGAGGCGUUUGGGGAUCGCAAGAUGAGGGAGUGGAGGUAUUUUACCCUGCCAUCCUUCGUUCUUCAAGACUAGAAAAGCUAUUUGCACUUUGCUCACCAGCUCUGGAACUUAUCUGAGAGGAACAGCUUUAUAGACGGAGGCAGAAUGUUGAGAAUUAUGGGAAAAUUUUCAGUGAAUGCAUUGAAGUCAUCAAUUUUGUGCAAUAAGUACAUGUAUUUCAGAAAUACAAAACCGAGAGUCAUGGGUGUGACACAGCGAAGCUGCAGUCUGAGAAACUACAGUUCUCCACCAGGAGAUGUUAAGUCUCUGCAUUCUGUCAUUAAUCCUCAUAUAUCCAGGAUCCGAAAUAUUGGCAUUAUGGCCCACAUUGAUGCAGGCAAAACUACAACAACAGAGAGAAUGCUGUAUUAUUCUGGAUAUAUAAGAACACUUGGAGAUGUUGAUGAUGGAGACACAGUGACAGAUUUUAUGGCACAAGAGCGAGAACGUGGUAUUACCAUUCAGUCUGCUGCUGUUACAUUUGAUUGGAAGGACUACAGAAUCAAUCUGAUUGACACCCCAGGCCAUGUGGACUUUACAGUGGAAGUUGAGCGUUGUUUGAGAGUCCUAGAUGGAGCAGUAGCAGUAUUUGAUGCUUCAGCUGGUGUUGAGGCACAAACUCUGACAGUCUGGAGACAAGCGGACAAACACCAGAUACCACGAAUUUGCUUUUUAAACAAGAUGGACAAAAACAGGGCAAGUUUUACAUAUGCUGUUGAGAGCAUCAAACAAAAGUUGAAGACAAAACCUUUACUGUUACAGUUGCCUAUUGGGGAAGCCAAGACCUUCAGAGGACUGGUUGAUGUUGUGACUAAGGAGCGAAUAAUUUGGAAACCUACUUCUGAUGUGAAUGAUGGAAAAAAUUUUGAGCGAAAACUGCUGCUAGAGACUGAUGAUCCAAACCUGUUCCAAGAGGUCCAGGAUGCAAGAAAUACCUUAAUAGAACAAGUUGCAGAUCUGGAUGAUGAAUUUGCUGAACUGGUUCUAGGAGAAAAUAGUGAAAAUUUUGACUUAAUACCAGCUGACAAGCUGCAGUCUGCUAUCCGCAGAAUCACGCUGGCUCAGAAGGCUGUCCCUGUGCUCUGUGGCAGUGCGCUGAAGAACAAAGGGGUGCAGCCAUUACUGGAUGCUAUUACUUUGUACCUGCCUGCACCUAAUGAGCGUUCAUAUGAGUUUCUACAGUGGUACAAGGAUGACCUGUGUGCCCUGGCAUUCAAAGUUCUUCAUGAUAAAUGUCGUGGACCACUAGUUUUUGUUCGUGUUUACUCAGGUUCAUUGAAACCUCAGUCAGCUGUAUAUAAUAUUAACAAAAGUUGCACAGAGAGAAUGAGCCGGCUGCUCCUGCCUUUUGCUGAUCAGCAGAUAGAAAUACCAUCACUAAUGCCUGGCAACAUUGCUCUGACUGUUGGGUUGAAACAGAGUGCCACUGGAGAUACCAUAGUGUCAUCAAAGGCUUCAGCUGUUGCUGCAGCACGCCGAGCUGGAAGGGAUGCUGGGGAAAAGAAGAGGUCUGGUAGUGGUGUAGACAGUCUUCUGCUGGCAGGUGUUGAGGUCCCUGAGCCUGUCUUCUUCUGUACCAUUGAACCGCCCUCAAUGGCCAGACAACAAGACUUGGAUAAUGCAUUGAGCUGCCUUCAGCGUGAAGAUCCAAGUUUAAAAGUGAAGCCAGAUCCUGACACGGGACAAACUAUCCUCUGUGGCAUGGGAGAGCUACACAUAGAAAUUAUUCAUGACCGAAUCAAACGUGAAUAUGGAAUUGAGACUUACUUGGGCCCUCUUCAAAUAGCAUACCGAGAAACCAUCUUAAAUGCUGCCCAAGCUACAGAUAUAUUGGACAAAACAGUAGGUGAUAAACGACACUGUGUAACUGCAGAGAUAGAGGUGAGGCCCACGUCAGGAGAAGGGGCAGCAACAAAACCCAUCAUCAGCUAUGCUGAGAAUGUCAGUGAAGUACUGCCCAAAGAACUCCAAGGAGCUAUAGAAAAUGGAAUCACAAAUUCAUGCAUUCAAGGACCUUUGCUUGGAUUCCCAGUUCAAGAUAUAGAUGUGACAGUGCAGUCACUGACAGUGCACCCAGACACGUCGCACACAAUGGUAUCAGCCUGUGUCUCCCGUUGCUUGCAAAAGGCUUUGAAAAAAGCUGGUAUACAAAUACUGGAGCCCCUGAUGAACCUAGAAAUCACAGUAAGUGAAGAUUAUCUCAGUGCAGCACUUGCUGAUCUUGCACAGCGGAGAGGUAAUAUUCAGGAAAUCCAGUCUCGUCAAGACAACAGAGUUGUGAUCGCUGCUGUUCCACUAGCAGAAAUGAUGGGCUACUCAACAGUUUUGCGUUCUCUAACAUCGGGCUCAGCAACCUUCACUUUGGAGCUUGCCAGUUAUCAAGCCCUGAGCAGUCAAGAGCAAAGUGCACUUCUUCAGAGGAGGAUGGGGUUGGUGUGAUCUUUACUCUCUAGGAACAGUGUUUUCUGUCCUCCUGUUAAAUAUUUUCGUAUGUACGCCAGUGUGUUCGUCUGGGACCUAGUGGUGAUGGCAAAUAAUGAGUUAGCAGCUGUAUGAACUGUCUGAAACUGCUUUUAACUGUCCAAGGAGGGAGGUUCAAGAGACUGCUCUGCUGGCAGAACCUCAUGACUGCAAAGCAGUGAUGCAACCAAAUGUGCUGCUCUGCAAAUUCUUAUCUUGUGGACAUUUGUAAUGAGAAGUGAUGCACAUCGUCUUCACAGAAAUGAGCACUAAGUCCACCUUAAUGUGCCACUGGGACUGUGUUCCUGAUCUAGUAAGUAAAAUUUGUGGAAGUUUUGUUUAUCACUGAAAUAACUUUACAGUUUUGGCACUCUGUAUUUUGAUUUGUUUUCAGCUGUACAAAGGAUAUGGUUAAUAAGCACUUCACAUUGUACAACUUACAGGUAUUACUUCUACUGGUAGAAACCACUUAUGAACCACUUAUGAGAGUUCAGGACUGGGUGUACUUUUUACCUAAGUUUAUCAAGUAAGAAAUGGAUACUUCUGCAAAUCAAGUAAGAUGUGUGAAAAAAAAAAUAUAAGAAAGGCAGUUUUUCCAGGACUAAUUCCUACCUACCAUCCUGCAGUUUGUUAAGAACAGAUUUGUUUGUUUGUUUACCUUUUUGAAUUAGUAAAUUAAGCUGUAAUGGUUCUGAUUUGCUAUGGGUUGCAAUUGUCUGGUUACCUAGAAAAGGGGCAAGUGAUACUUUGAAAUAAAAAAGAUAGUUUGCUCCAAAUUUAAAUAAUGUCUUAGCUUUAUUUUCUUCAACCUUAGAGUGUACGGAAUUAGUAACUCUAUGGUAUCAAGUUUCAUGAUUUCACAGUGAAGAAUCCCUACUUUAGAAAGGUUAAAAAUGAUAAUUUUUACUCCAACAAGGCUGUCAAAUAAUUUUAUUUUAAAAGUGAAAAUGUGAAGUCUUGAUUCAGAUAUGAAACAACACAUACAUAUCCCCAGAGGCACUUCAGGCUGUUGACAAGAAGUCUUUGCAGCAGUUAUGGCCCUCUUGCUUCGUGGGCACAGUAUCCAACAAACACCGGUUCGGCCGCUAUGCCACGGCUGGUAAAAUAAAGCAGAAUGGGAAUGACUAUAAUCAAACAACUGACUGUUUGUGUAGGCAGGAAGAGAGAUACUGGCAAUCUAUUUUAAUAACUAUAUAAACAAAACUACUCCUAGAAAACAACAGAUGAGUUAUUUAGGGAGUGAAAAAGGGCCCUAUUCUGCUUUUCACUGAACCUCUGUUUCAAUCAGAGGCACAACAUACCAGGACAAUCAGGACACCAUAUCUUUUUAUUAAGGUAGCUACUUUCUAACAGGAAUUGUUCAUCCUAAGUCAGCAACAUAGUUUUUCCUUGGACUACUUUUUGUUGCUAAAUAUGUGCAACAAGUACAGGGAGUAGUCCUUAGUCUGCCCCUGCAUUCUGCAUCGCUUAUGCCAGCAUUAGGAGAGCAGCUGCUGUUAUCUGGACUGGCUCCCUUUACAGCAAUACAAGUACCAGUGUUAAGGAAGACGAUGCAGAUGCAGCAGUGGAGUCAACCAGGCCCAGGAACAGCAUAGCUUAGUUCACUGUAAAACCCUAAUCCUAGUGGUACAGCCACUGUACACUUAACUGCUCAGUAGCAGUGUUUUCCUAGGCCCCAUCAAGAGAUGCACCACCCUGCUAAGUAACAGGACAUAAGUUUUGAAAUCCCCUUAAUAUGGUUUUUAACAUGUAUUUGUCAACUCUCUCUUAACGUAUGUAUUUUUCUCAUGACUGAGGGAGAUAGCACAACUUACAUACAGCUAUUUUCCUCAGAUGAUUAUUUUAAGCCAGUUUGAAAUAACCCAGUCAAGUCAAAACUUCCAAGUCCUUCAAUCACUCUUGAUCUUGAUUAAAGAGUGACAGCAAGCAAAACAUAUACUGUAUACUCUAAAUUAAAGUGCUGUGUCCAGUUCUGGGCCCUCAGUUUGGGAAGGACCUUGAGACGCUUGAGCACAUCCAGAGGAGGCAACGAGGCUGGAGAGGGGCUGGGAACACAAACCCUGUGAGGAACGGCUGAGGGAGCUGGGGGUGUUCAGUCUGGAGAAAAGGAGACUCAGGGGUGCCCUUAUCACUCUCUGCAACUCCCUGAAAGGUGGCUGUGGUCGGGGCGGGCUUGGUCUCUCUCCAGGCAGCAACUGACAGAACCAGAGGUUCACAGUCUCAAGCUGCACCAAGGGAAAUAUAGGUUGGAUAUUAGGGAAAGGUUUUUUAUGGAAAGAGUGGUAAAGUUCUGGAACGGCCUGCCCAGGGAGGUGGUGGAGUCACCAUCCCUGGAUGUGUUUAAGAAAAGACUGGAUAUGGCACUUGGUGCCAUGGUUUAGUUGAGGUGUUAGGGCUGGGUUGAACUCAAUCUUUAAGGUCUCUUCCAACCUACUGAUUCUGUGAUUCCAACAGAUAAUUAUGCUAAGACAUCUUCAUGAACAUGAGUAGAGAGCUUGAGUUUCAAGUGCUGACUAUAACUGCUGUUGUAUCCUGUUCUUUAAAGAAAUUAUUUGUAUCUAACUUGAACUACUACCACACAGAGUGGACAUUUUCUGUGAGUUGUCAUAAAUUUCUGUAGAGAAAUAAAAUGGUAUGUUUCA